CUUCGGAUAACAACACUCGGCGACCGGGCUGGAGCUAUUUGUUGCUGCGCCGCCGUCUCCUGAGCACCAUGUCCCGCGCUCCUUUCGAGCUCUCUUAGCAGCAGCCGCCGGCUCCGCUCCCUGCGCUUCCUGCCGAGCCGCUUCUCCCUCUUCGCGCGCUAUGACCGUCAUCUCCGUCCCGCAGCGGGAGCCACUCAUCCUGGGCGGCCGCCUGGCGCCCCUGGGCUUCCCGGCCCGAGGUUACUUCGGGGCCCUCCCGAUGGUGACCGCGGCCCCGCCGGCCGUCCCUCGGAUCCCGGACCCUCGCGCGCUGCCGCCCACCCUCUUCCUCCCUCACUUCCUGGGGGGCGACGCGCCGUGCCUGAGCCCUCCGACGCGCGCCCCGGCGCCUCCCCUUCCCAACGGCAGCCUCGCCGCGGCCGGGGCCACCCCGCGGGCCGCCCCGAAGAAGCGGCGGAAGAAGAAGGUGCGGAGCAGCCCGGCGGGGCAGCUCCCCAGUCGCUUCCACCAGUAUCAGCAGCACCGGCUGAGCCUGGAGGGCGCGCGGAGCCCCGCGGCGGGCGCCGGCGGGACGCAGGAGGGGCCCGAGCAGGCCGCUGCCGCCGCCGCCGCCGCCGCCGCCGCCGCCGCGUCCGGCCCGACUCCCGCGCGCAUCAGCCGCCCGGAGGAAGCGGCGGGUCCCUUUCCGGGCCUCGCGCCGCCCGGCCACCCUGCGCUCCGGAGAGAGGUUUUAAAAACAAAGAUGGGAAAAUCCGAGAAAAUUGCCAUUCCGCAUGGCCAACUUGCUCAUGGUAUACACUUUUGUGAACAACCAAAGAUCAACAGACAGAAAAAUAAAUGCAACUUGUCACUAACCAGGAUCACCUCUACAAAAAGAAAUGAAAACAGUUUUUGGCAGGAUUCUGUUUCAUCCGAUAUAAUUCAGAAGCAGGAAAAGAAGCCUUUUAAAAAUACGGAGAACAUUAAAAAAAUGCAUUUGAAGAAGUCGGCAUUUCUGACUGAAGUAAGCCAAAAGGAAAAUUACGCUGGGGCUAAGUUUAGUGAUCCACCGUCUCCAAGCGUUCUUCCAAAGCCACCUAGUCACUGGAUGGGAAGCACUAUUGAAAAUUCCAACCAAAAUAGGGAGUUGAUGGCAGUACACUUAAAAACUCUCCUAAAAGUUCAAACUUAAAUCUCAGUAUGUACGUAAAGUUUUCCUUGAACCUUUGGACACUUAAAUUGGUACAGAAAAUGGAAAUUUGCCUUGUAAAGAUAUACAAGUACAAAAGAUGAGCUAAAAAAAAUUACCAACAGCUUGUAUUAUAUUUUAUAUCUUGUAAAUAUUGUAUACCAUGUAUUAUGUGUAUAUUGUUCAUACUUGAGAGGUAUAGUUUUGUUAUGAAAGUAUGUAUUUUGCCCUGCCGAUGGUAGAGGUAUUUUGUAUAUAUACAAUGGAGAAAUUUUCAGUGUGUGCUAAGGCACAUGGAAGACGAUUUAUUUGCACAAGGUACUGAGAGUUUUCUCCCCCAGAAACAGCUGUCCAGUUUCAAGAUGAAGAUCUAAAUGUGAACAUUAUUAAUGCACUACUGAAAUUUGAAUCUAUGGCACAAUCAUUGUAAACAUAGUUUUUCUAUGUUGCUCUAAAUUGAGUCUACCUUUUAAUCUGAUUAGUGAAAAGCUCUUACUCCCAUUUUUAUCAAAAUUAAUUACUGGUUUUUGGUUUUAAUCCAUUUAAAUUUACACCUAAUUUCAAUGCCAACAAAAUCGGUUGUAAUCAAAUUUCAAAAUAAUAAUUUGGCCCUCCCCUUUUAAACU